CAUUAAUAGUUUUGUGUAAAACCUAUAUAUUCUUUUUAAUUUCAACAAGAAUUGUCAAAUGGAUAAUGGGUUUGUCAAUGUGCUGUCCAGCUGAAGAAGAAGAAGAAGAAGAAAAAGGGUACCUGUUUGCACCAGAUGUUGACACCUACGAUGGAGAGAGAAAUAACAAAAAACAAAAACAUGGUAAAGGGGUGUAUUAUUAUUCUAAUGGAGAUAUUUAUGAUGGAUGCUGGCACAAUGACAAAAAACAUGGCCAGGGUGAAUACAGAUUUCGUGAUGGAAAAGUUCUGAUUGGCUACUUUAAAAAAGACCAGUUUGUUGGUAAUAUAAGAUGCGAAGAAGAGGAUAGUGGGAAAGGUAAAAAGAAGAAAAAAGAAAAAGCUGCUAAACCACUUUGGAUUGAUGAUGAUGGACUGAUAAGAAGUUCAACACCUCCUCCAGCAACGAAUUCGCCAGGACAAAAAGAGCAAAGGAAAUUAAUCGAUCCACGUUCUCAGUACGAUGGUUUGACCGAGGAGCAAAAAGAUUUACGGAUGAAAGCUGAGCAGCUACGUCGAGAACGAACCAUGCGGUUGAGAGAAAGACACGAGAAGACAACUGAAAAAAUGAGAAAAAAAUAUAACCUACCGAGUAAGAGGACUUCCAACGCUUAGAUGUAAAGUCGAAUUAUUAUGCGCGAAAAUUUUAUUAUUUUUCUAUAUUUUAAAGUGCAGUUCAAUCUUGCUAUAGAGGACAUGGUAAAAAGCGGAAACUUUUUGCAGGGGACACAAAUUCUCGGAACUGUGUGAACAUUUCCCUUGAAAGCGGACACAUCAUUUUUGCGGGGAAAUUAAAACACGAAGAAUAAAUUACUUCUCUUUACGUGACACAUUUGCCUACUUUGACAUCAAUCCAUCAAUCAAGUUUAUUAAUGUCUUUUUUAAACUCUAUUGUCUCCAUAAAACAGGUAAUUCACAGGUAUCUCAAGGUCAAGACAAGCUCAUCUGGUUACUCUCUUGCCUGUGACCGCUAUAGCCAGGUGGACUGUAUUUAUAAUUUGUUCGACCAUCAGCGUUUUGUUAGGAGCAUCACUUACUUACAGAAAAACUAAAUUGAGAUUUUUCGUUAGAUUUGGUUUUUGUGCAGGCGCUUAAUCCAAAGUUGAGAUAAAAUUUCUAAUAUUGAUUUCAACUUGGAUUAUUUAUACAUAUGAGCGAUCAAACAGUCAGAUUUUUAACAAGGUAAUAGUAGUGCAGGCCAUUAUGUAACAGAAAAGGUGAGCACGAACGUAUUAAAUUUUAUUGUUGAGUCUGAUUUUUAGGUAGUACUAGAUGUCAAAAAGUCAGGGUGCCAAAAAAGUUUGUGUCUGGAAGCAGAAAGAGGACAAAAAACUGAGCAAAAAACAUAAGAACUAUAUCUUGAAAAUGUUUCAGGGGAACCGCUAAUGCAACUUCUUGGUCACAAAACAGCGAUUACUGGGAUUAUACAUUACUAUCGCAACUAUUUUCUCUAUCAGUGGUCAGAAAUUGUACUUCCAAAAAGAAAACACAAGUAUUUUCGUCUUUCUGUUGUAAUCAGACUAAUUCAGUAGAUGAGCCAACUAAGGCUUUCACCAUAUGUAGUGAAAUACGAUUUAAGUUUCAGGUACUCAGACUUUUUCUGCACUCGCUCAGCUAAAUCUGAAUAUUUCACACGGAUUUCAAGUUACUUUAACGCGAAAUAUGCGAAUUAAAUUUAUAUUUCGGAUUUCUAUAAACCUUUGUAAAUUAGUACUUAAAAUUUCUUCAUAGCAGUAUUUUUGUAAGAUAUAUGUAUAUAAAAUUAUAUUUUUAUAUGUGCGAUUUUUCAGAAUUAUCUUGCAGCAUGGUGAGUAGUAGUCAGUGAACAAA